CAAAUGCGACUUCCGGAGGACGCAGCCUUCCUUUGGUUUUCUGAAUCAGCCUCGUCAUCGACGAGCCAAGGGCUUCUCCGACUACGUUUCCCAUGAAGCAUCUGCCGCGCGGAACUACACUUCCCAUCAUGCAACGUCAUCCCGGUGCGCGUCAGAGGAAAGUCUUUGAGGCGUUUUUGAACUGUCAGUAAUUACACAACGAUGAAUCAUAACGCCUAAAUAAUCGCAGAAGAGGAAUUCCCUGCCUUUCUUGCAGCAGGAAUGAGAAGACAGACGACCGCGGAUUGUUGAAGGCGCCGCUGGGUGAAGGUUGUUUUGGUUCGUGUGUUUCAGUGCAGCGAUGAACCGGCUGGCUGUGCUCCGCGCGCUCGUGGCCCGCCGCACCGGACCGGCUCCGCUGCCCCGGCGGUUUCUCGGUACGCACCGGCGCAGGAUCAAACCGGAGCAGCUGGAGCUGCCGAACCAGGCGCGGGAGUUCGUGUACAGCCUGAGCCCGGCGACCCGGAGCUGCUUACUGAAGGAGCUGCAGAGCUUCCAGUCCCAGACCCAAGACUCGGAGGAGGCGUCCCCUCCGGCCGCGGCGCAGCUCAGAUACAUUCUCCUGCACAACGCCAUUCCCUUCAUCGGCUUCGGCUUCCUGGACAACGCCAUCAUGAUCGCCGCCGGCACUCAGAUUGAACUGUCCAUCGGAUUGACACUGGGAAUAUCUACCAUGGCAGCGGCAGCUCUGGGGAAUCUGGUGUCUGAUUUGGCUGGACUUGGUUUAGCAGGUUACGUGGAGGCUCUAGCUGCUCGUUUAGGGAUGCAGAUUCCUGACCUCACACCCAAACAAGUGGACAUGUGGCAGACCAGAGUCACUUCACACAUGGGUAAAGCCAUCGGCGUCGCUAUCGGAUGCAUCCUGGGCAUGUUUCCGUUGCUCUUCUUAAGCGAUGAUGAAGACAAAGAGGAGGAGAAGAAGAAGAAGAGUCAUCCGAACUCAAACUAGCAGGCUCUUCUAUCAGCAUGACGACCUUUUAUUUUGACAAAGUGAAGAAAAUCGAGCAAAAGAGCAAACGUUCACACGGUAAACCUGAGAAAAAAGUCUUUAAACAACAGUAGAGAGUAGCUAUUAGUUAGUAGGUAGUUAAGAGUUUAAUCUAGAGAUGAAGACUAGAUGUUCUGAGCAUGACUUGAGUUUCUCUUGAUCUGUUUUUAAGGCCGGUUCACAACAGGAACCAGAACUCUGACCAGUCGUUUUAAUAAGCACUCCACACACAGUUAUCAUAAGAUCCCGUUCAAGUCGAGUCUCGUUUCUUUCUGUAGCACUUCAUACAGAACAGAAACUAAAACAGUGUUAAAGCAAAACCGCUCUAGAGAAAACCUUCUCCUGUUCUGAAGAUUGUUGUAGUUCUGGUUCUCGUCGUGAACGAGCCUCUUUCGACUUUUCUGUUGUUAGUUUUCUUCUUAAUAUCUCGACUGGUUUCCUGUAGAUUUUUAGCAGCAUGUUUUUCUGUGGAAGUUUAUUUUAGUUUGGUUUGAAGUCGUCCGGGAUGAACUCGGUCUGAGAGAGCGUGUCCCGGAGAGGACGGUUUUUAAUCCGCUGUUGAUCUGUGACGCGCAUCAACACGACUUCAACUGGAAUUAGUUCUGUUCUGGACAGCACAAGCCUUUUUUACGCUCUGCAUCCGAGACGUGAAGCAAACAUCUGCUGGUGGACCCUCGGCAUCAUGGGAUUCCUCAGAAAUCAGCCAAAGUCCGGCGCCAGGUUUCUGCGGCUUUUAAAUCCGAGCAGAAAGUUCCUGGGUUUUUCCUCGGGAUUUCUGUCUUGUUUUCCAGCUCGGAUCUAAACGUCCUUAAUGGGUUCUCUUUUGUGACAAAAAUCAUAUCAAGUAAACAUCCAUGAGGAUAUUUUGUAGCAUAAAUAUCAAAACUUCAUUUUUGACUAGUAAUAUGCAUUGCUUCAAAGCUUUAAAGGUGAUCUUUGUUGGUUGUAUUUCAGUCAAAUAUCGUCCUCUCCUAGAAAGAGGGUUUAUUCGUAUUAAUAGUUUGUUUUAAUAAUACACUCCACUUAAUCUUGAUCCGUUUCUCAGAAAACAAGACAGAAAUCCUGAGGAAAAGCGUGGUUUUAUUGCAGCGUGAUCCGAAGCGUCAGGAAGUGUUUAGUUUCUCUCUAAUGUUCACUCAGAGAACACACUGACCUUCUGUGAUCAGCUUCUCUUAAAUUGUUCUUCAUCAAAUCUGCAGAAUCCCUUCUAAUAUCUCUUUUUCUUUUUAUUUGUGCCACGUUAUAAUCGCUCCAAUCCUAAAAAAACAUUUACAAAUGAAUUAACAUCAACUUUAAAAGUAAACACUAAAUUUAAAUUAUUAUUACAAUAAUAAAACUACUAAACAAACACAUUUGUACAAGAAAUGCACAAUUAAGCUAUUUCAGCUUUUCUCAUUCAUUCAAGUUAUAGUGCUUUAAUACCUAUACUAAUCUUUAAAUCAGAUAUUAAGGAGGACGGGCUCUUAGGAGGAGAAGUACACCGCUGUAGUUCUCCAGUGAGAGUCAGCGGUGAAGAGAGAAAGCUUUCAAAAGUACUCCAAGCACCAAACGUGAAGGAUUUAGUAAAGUUGUGUAGGACUGCUCCGCCUCUGGGUCCUGAAGGAAGCUGUCUCCCGAGUGCCUCCAUGUAGCUCUGUAGCAGAUGAUUUCUGACGUGUCGCUGCCGAAUCGCCGCUCGGACAGAAAUACCUCUGUUUUAGUAGAUUAACGAUCAAAGGAUUCUGGGCUAGAACACGCCCGGAACACGUGUUGCUGAUGUUAGUGUAUACUCAUGAUUGGACACUAUGCAUACUAAUAAAUAUUCAUGUAUAUAUGAUUAUUGCACA